AUGGGGGAGAUUUUAGACGGCGAGAUGUUCUACAACAAAUCCCCGAAGUCGUGUCCAAUCUGCCCUACCACCAAUAUCAGCGAAAUGACAACUAUUCCUGCGUCCCAUACACUCGCCAAGGCAACGAUGGAAUGCUCGACAGAUAUUGACUUACAAUAUAGACUACCUCCCCUAGUUGAAGCUAUCAAGUCUUCUUGGCAGCUCUCACUACAAAGUGCUGCUACUGCGUCGUCUUUACUGGCUGGAGUGGCCGCUCAGCUCAUGGGAAGCAACGACUUUCCGAAGGCUCAACAAUAUCCGCGACUCGUUGAUGCCUUUACCUUUGUUUCUUACGCUGCUGUGCUACUCAACGCCAGUGCCGCGGUCACAUCCUUGAUCCUCGUCGACAAACUGGCUAGAUUAUUGCAAAAGCCUGCCCAGAGAGGCAGCUUCUUGCACGAUGUUGAGAAAGGAGGUUUUGUAGGCAUCUCUAACUACUUGGAUCUAAUGAAGCUUUUUGGUGCGGGAAAGUCUUGGGUUUGGUGUCUCCGACACUGGCAUAUUUCUCUGUUUUUCGGUAUCCUUUGCCUCUAUUUCCAGAUCUUCCUCUUUUCAUUCCUGCAAGGAAACAUAAUUAUUAUGGCCUUGACGACUCUCGUUGUCGUUUAUGUCGCGCUUUCUUUAGUGUAUUUUUUUGACCGGUGA